AUGGGUAAAUACAGGGAAGACGUGAAUUACGGGGACGAAACGCGACAUGACGACAGAAGAUGCCUACAGCUAGUUCUGGCUGGUACUGUCUGCCUGUUUGUGUGUUCCCUCCUUAUGAACGUGCUUGUUUACGUUCACUUGACGGCGGCCAUUGCAGACCAGACGGCGACCAUUGCAGACCAGAGGGCGGCCAUUGCAGACCUGUCACACAGACUCGGGGACGUCGAGGGGAGACAGGAUUCCCACCGAUCCACUGUCGAUCUUAACCGGCAAACCGCUAAACUCACGGAUGUCGAGACCGGUCAAGGCAACAUACGAGACAGCGCCAGGAAUCAGACCACUGUGAAGGACACCGGUGCCAGAACAACGCCGCAUGCCAACCGGAAGAACAUGGUUACACCUGUAUUUGCCCUAAAGGUUGGCGUGGAAAAUAUUGUCAAGAAAAGACAUCCCUAUAAGCUAAACAGUUUCUUUUGUUUUUAUUUUGGAAAAAAAAUUCUGCAAGAACAACGAAGGGUCCGCCACAGGAAGAAGUUCGGUAGUCCACAGCAGCAGCUAUCAUUGCUGUCGGUGCAUAUUCCAGCAAGGACAGGUUCACCAGCAAAAACAAAAGAAAAAGAAGGCGCAAUAAAUGUGACUGGCAUAUUUACCCAAUGGCAGGACUUAACUGAUAGAAGGUUGGGGCUUCGGGAAGGGCAGUUGGAAAUAAAAGAGUCCGGAAAGUACUUCAUUUACAGCCAGAUUGACUUCGCCUUACAAGAUGAUGAUUCCCCUGUCACAUAUUCAAUCAACAAGUUUAAGGAAGCAAAGUUGACCUGUGUAUCACCGAUGUUCGGCAGGAAACCCAGACACACCUGUUACACCGCCGGGGUGUUGGAUUUAGAGAAGGGAGACAGGCUAGUCCUAUCCAUACAGUGCCAUGCAACAUGUUGGGUCUUUACAUAUUAUGAUACAACGUUUUGGGGCGCGAUUAAACUGUCUACCUAACUAGAAUCAUUUGUUUUGCACAGCUAGUCAUAGUCUUUUGAGACAGAAGGAAAGAGAGAGAGAGAGAGUUUGAGAUUACUUUGAAAAUAUAUCUCACAUAACGCAUUUCUGUAUAUGGUCAUGACACAUUUGAUGUAUA